UAUAGCGCAUCCACCAACAAUCUAUCCAUAAUAUAUUCAUCAUUCAUUCAUCGUCCUUGGAUGUGUUUAUAUACAGAGAACGAAGAAUUUUAAUGGAAGUGAUAUGUUUUUCCACCUAAAUGAUAUAACGGAAAUUACGCGAAUUUAAAUGUUAAAAAAAACCUUAUAUUCAUUUUUACACGUAAUAAUUAUUAUGGCCAAUAUAAUAAUCACAUAAAUGGCUUCACCACGAAGAUUAGUGCCCGCGCUUAAACAAUUGUCACCUCGGCCACUCGAAAAUGUAUCGAAUAUCAGCAGAGCAUCAAGUCCAAAAACUCCAAAUAACAUUCACAAAAGAAAAGAAUACGGAAAUCUGUUGUCGCCGUUUAAUAUUGAUACACCAAAUCGAGUCAGAAUACUAAAGGACGGGCUGACAAGGAAACAUCAUCCUGUCCUAGGCGCAGGUGCUUUCGGUACCGUGUAUAAGGCGAUUUACAAAGGGAACGAAGUAGCAGCUAAAGUGAUUCAACACAAACAAGACGACUGUGAAAUAAUAAACUCUGAGAAACACGCGGCCGCUUUACAUCACGCAAAUAUCAUAAAGAUAUUGAAUAUAGAACAAGGCAACAGUUUAGCAAUGAUAACAAUGGAAUUAUGCGGAAUAUCGUUGCAAGAUAGACUGCAGGAAUCGGCACUGUCGAGAGAAAAACGUGUUUCCAUUUGGCGAGACAUCGCCCAUGCGCUUCAAUUUUGCCACAAUUCCGGCGUGAUACACGCGGAUGUUACAGCGACCAAUAUUUUAGUAGCUGCCGAUGGUCAAGCUAAACUCACCGAUUUUGGUAGCUCUGUAUUAAUCAACAAGCCGCACAUUGCAAUCAAACCGCGAGGCACACCGGGUUACGCAUCGCCAGAAGUGCUCAAAGGAAAUGUACCUACAUUUGCCGCUGACAUUUAUUCACUAGGAAUCGUAGCCUGGCAAAUGCUAUCUCGAAAAGUGCCUUUCCACGGAUUGCAUGUUCACACCAUCAUAUAUAUCUCUGCAAAAGGAACACGUCCUGAUGAUGAAGCUCUGGAUGAUGAGUAUGACGGAAGAUACAAAGAGUUGUUCAGAGCAGCGUGGUCGCAAAAUAUUGCGGAUAGGCCUCCGAUGAAUGAAAUAAUCCAUAGACUCAGUUUUUUCAUCGAUUGUUGAUCUUUAUUCAGUCAAAAC